AUGCGUUUAACACACAAUGACUACACAGUGGCCUGGAUCUGCGCCGUACCGAUAGAAAUCAUCGCAGCAAAAGCCAUGCUGGAUGAGAUUCACAGUUCCCUACCACAGCCCAAAACCGACCAUAACGUCUACAUGCUUGGGACUGUACAAGGCCAUAAUGUAGUGUUGGUAUGCCUACCACUUGGAGUCUACGGGACGGUGUCAGCCUCCACAACCGUGUCGCAUAUGGUUUCGACUUACCCGAAUAUCCAAUUCGGGCUGAUGGUUGGUAUUGGAGGGGGAGUUCCAGCUCGAGCUGAUAUUCGCCUCGGCGAUGUCGUUGUUAGCAGGCCAAUUGGGUCUUCAUCCGGGGUGAUUCGGUAUGAUUAUGGCAAGACAGUUCGCGAGGGAAAGCUCCAGCGCACAGGAUCGCUUAAUAAACCUCCCCAGGUCUUGCUGAAAGCAAUGGCACAUUUAGAAGGUGAACAGAUGGCGGGAAAAAGGCAGAUUCGCGACGUUCUGAGCCAGACGGACCAUACAAUCAGAGAACAAUUUGCACGUCCGGAAAGGGAUAUGCUCUUCAAGGCAGACUACUAUCACGAACAACCUGAUUACUGCUCAGCAUGUGAUCAGGAUCAGCUGGUCGAUCGCCCGUUACGAGACGAAUCUGAUGAACCGUGUAUUCAUUAUGGUCUUAUUGCAUCCGGGGACCAGGUUAUGAAAGAUGCCAAGACGCGUGAUUCUAUUGCGGAUGAACUGGAUAUUCUUUGCUUUGAAAUGGAGGCGGCUGGGAUCAUGGAUGAGCUGCCUUCCCUUGUUAUACGUGGGAUUUGUGAUUAUUGUGAUUCUCACAAGCACAAGGAGUGGCAGCCAUAUGCAGCGCUGACUGCGGCUGCAUAUGCCAAAACCUUGUUAUCCACGGUUCCAGUGACUAUAAAUAAUAGCAAACAACCAGAGAAAGUCGGGUUUACAGCAGAUGAAGAGGCAUGUCUACAGAGUCUGUUUCUCACAGACCCGGAAGAUGAUAAGAAUGCUCUGCGGAGACGCAAGGGCGGCCGUGCGGCUGGAACAUGCGAAUGGAUAUUGGAAACCGAUGAACUAAUGGACUGGCUUCAAAUGUCAGAUUCCCAAGGAGGUUCAAGUAUCCUGUGGCUGCACGGCAACCCUGGAACUGGAAAGUCGACUAUGGCGAUGACGAUGGCAGACGAGAUCCCAAAGCUACAGGCCUUUACGAACAAACGCAAAGUCCUGGCCUAUUUCUUUUGCGACUCUAGCAACGACAAACAGCGUACGGCUGUUUCGAUUCUACGUGGUCUGAUCCAUUUUCUGGUGAAGCAGUGUCCACACUUGGCCAAGUUCCUGUUGCCAAAGUAUAACGAGAGAAAGGAGGGCUGGAAUAACUCGUUCGAUGCAUUAUGGGGUAUUCUGAUGGAAAUGGGAAAGGACUCUGCCGUUGAGAUAUACUGCAUCAUUGACGCGUUGGACGAAUGCGAAUCGGAUUCGCAGCAAGACCUUCUACGCCAGAUCCAGCAAUCCUUCGGAGAACAGCUGGCAGACUCACCACCGUCUCACCUGCAUAUCCUUAUAACUAGUCGUCCCUAUCCUGAGAUCAGCGAAUACCUAUCCAACUUUACAAAUAAAAAUCUGGCCUCCUACAGAGCGAUUAAGCACGAUAUCAGGAUCAUGAUCAAAGCAAAAGUUGACGAUCUGGCCGCGAGAAAAAAGUACCCAGACUCGGUGAGAAAGGAAAUCUCUAGAAUCCUAGAGGACAAGGCUGAGGGAACAUUCCUAUGGGUAGGAAUUGCCUGCAGUGAACUCGCUAGACCAGAAGUACGAUCGAGAAAUGCCACCAAGAUCCUCAAGGAAAUGCCACGAGGAUUGCAUGAUUUGUAUCGGCAGUUAUUGCAGACGGCUCUAGUUGACAGAGGCAAUGAUGAUGACGAGAAAGAAAUCAUGAAGAAUUUGAUGAAGUUCGUUGCAAUUGCGCGGCGGCCGUUGACGGUGCUUGAACUUGGUGCUCUCUGCCAACUAUACCCCGAUGACGAUGAGGAUAGCCGUCUUCAAUUCACCAAGGAGUUAAUUGAACUGUGCCGAUUAAUGAUUGUUAUUCAAGACAAGCAUGUGCGGCUCUUACACAAGUCAGUGAAAGAUUUUCUGGUUAAGGAAGAGCUUGGAAUCGAGGAGACGAAGGCUCAUGCUGAUAUGGCAAAUCGCUGCAUCGACUUCAUAUUGGAGUUGGUUGAAUUUGACAGCGAUCAGGAAAUCCCAUUUCUUGAAUAUGCAGUCGAAUGUUGGCCUGAACAUGCUGGGCAUGCCGAUACAGCUUGGGCCGUAGGCCCGCAGCAAGAAUCAUUUUUCGAGUCGGAUUCAGGGGCUUGGGAGAAAUGGCUCGCAUGGUACGAUCGUAUGCGCAGAGGGCUAUAUAAUGGAAUCGAGGAAGGCUUCAGCAUAUUCCAUGCGGCAGCAAGGUGGGAGAUUAUACCUUUGAUUCUCUGGGGAUUUGAGAAAAAACUGCGUCAACACGAAAGAACAUACCAUGAUGCAGAAUUCCAAACAGCGAGCGGAGUUACACCACUCGAAGAAGCUGCUGCACGCAACGAGGAAAGCGGGUAUGGCGUCAUGAAGCUGUUGCUAAACCAACAAGAAAACCACGCCGAGAUCAAUGAAGAGGUGCUGAAGAGUGCAGCAUAUAAUGGGCAGAGUGGAAAGAAAGUCAUGGAACUUCUCCUAGAUCAAGGAGAAAGCCAAAUCUCCAUUACUGAAGGGGUGGUGAAGGCUGCAGCAGACAACAGUCGGAGUGGAAGGGAUGUUAUGGAACUUUUAUUAGACCGACAGGGAGAUCAGGUUCAGCUUACAGAAGAAGUGUUGAGAACAGCCGCACGAAAUGCAUACAGUGGCCCAGAUAUUCUGGCACUGCUC